AUGUCUCUUCCCUACGACGCCACCCCUCCCCCCCAGUCACCGCCCCCGGCACCUCAGGAUGAUCCCAUGGACGGCCCCGCCGGCCUUGACCAAGCACUCGACGACUAUGCGCCUCCUGUCCCCUCCCACGUCCAAGAUCUCAUGGCCCGCAUGUCAAGAAACAAGGUAUACUUGGUUGAAGAGUCGCCGGCGAUACUGCAUGUGGAUGCAAUGAAGGAAAGAGUGAGGAGAGAUCCGAAAGUCAAGGGGUUGAUGCAGUUGCUCGAGGAACAAGAUCCGUCAGUGUGGCUGGGCAUCGAGUGGCUGAAUGACACUUCCCUUCAUGUCCUCUUCGAAACCUCUGCCGAAGCCCUCCUUGCCCUCUCAUUACUUUCCAAAACAGGGUUUGACCCCGUAGAAGGGGAUGACCCUCUAAUGGAACGAUCCGCCCACUCCUUCCCCAUCCACCUCCUACCCCAAGCCCCUCAAAAGCCGAUCGAAGAACGCACCAUCCCCGCCGAAUCCUCAUCCGAGGACGCUGCUGUCAACCGCAGAGGCCGAGGCAUGUUCGCCGGCGACGGCGAGCGAGCCAUCGCCUCUGAAAUAUCAUACGAGCUCGCCCCAGGCGUCAACCCCCUUGCGCGUAUAGCCAUCCGCAUCGCCUUCCAACAAGACGCCGACCUAAAAGGCCGUAGAGAUACUUCCAAGUGGUACGCCACCUACGGCCGCGAUGCCGGAAAGGAAAGUCUGGCUCAGCCGAGAAGGGUUGGGAAAGGCCGGUCGGAGACGAGGUGGGAGUCGGCGCCUGAUGCUUAUGAAAGCGGGGGACAUGAAUUGCUGCAGAGAGUGGGAAGGGAGCGCAAGCCGUAUGAUCGACCGGAGCCGAGAGGGGAUGGAAGGGGUAGGGGCAGGCCGACGCAGGAUGACCUGGAUAGGCAGCUUGAUAACCUGCGUUCUGGUGGAGGUGGAAGUAUGGAUGUUGAUGGAGGUGGGGCUUCGGCGUAUGGGCAGGAGGAUGAGGGGAUUGUGAGGAAGGGGCGAGGGUUCAGAAGCGGAGGAGGUGGAGGAAGGGGUGGAGGACGAAGGGAGAGACCGAAGCCUGGCAAAGAGGACCUUGAUAAGGGUAAGUAG